AUGAGUGUGGACGUACGUCUGAAAGUGUACUCUGUGGCACGAACGUAUGGUGACGUAAACAAACACAAACCGCAGGAGUACUGGGACUACGAAAACCACAAGAUAGAAUGGGGGGAGAUCAAAAGCUAUGAAAUCAUUUCCAAGAUUGGCCGAGGCAAAUAUUCAGAAGUGUUUCAAGGGAUAAAUAUCUUGAACGAUAAGGCUUGUGUGAUCAAGGUGUUGAAACCGGUGAAGAUGAAGAAGAUUUUCCGUGAAGUCAAGAUCUUGAAGAAUUUAACUGGUGGUCCCAAUAUCAUUGGGUUGUUGGAUUGUGUACGAGAUGAGCAGUCAAAAAUUCCGGUAUUAAUAUUUGAACGGGUCAAUAAUGUCGACUACCGCGUGUUGUAUCCGAAGUUUACCGUUGCUGACAUCCAGUACUACUUUACACAAUUGUUGGUAGCGUUGGAUUAUUGUCAUUCAAUGGGUAUAGUGCAUCGAGAUGUAAAGCCACAAAACGUCAUGAUCGACCCGUUGAAAAAGCAAUUGCGACUUAUUGACUGGGGGCUCGCCGAGUUUUAUCAUAUGGGCAUGGAUUAUAAUGUUCGAGUGGCUUCACGGUGUCACAAGGGUCCGGAACUUUUGGUCAAUCUCCAGCAGUAUGACUACUCAUUGGAUCUCUGGGCUGUCGGUUGUAUGUUGGCCGCAAUAGUAUUUAAGAAGGAGCCAUUUUUCCGGGGUGACUCUAAUAAUGACCAGUUGGUGCAAAUAGCCAAAGUUCUCGGCACCGAAGAUCUCAUGGCCUACCUUAACAAGUAUGGAUUGAAGCUUCCUGACGUCUACAAGAACAUCUUGGGCGAUUACCCUCGGCGCCCAUGGAGCAGUUUUGUAUCCAAGGAAAACGUGCAUUUGGUCAGCGACGAGGUUGUUGACUUGAUAGAUAAACUCUUGACGUACGACCACCAAGAGCGGCCCACAGCCAAAGAAGCCAUGAAUCAUUUGUUUUUCAGCAUAUAA